CAAACAACAAGUAUGACAUUUCAUCAAACACCUGGCGUGUAAAACCAUCCAUAUCACCAUUGUAUUCGAUCAACAUUCAACACCACCAAUUAAAACCACCAAAAACUCACAGAUCCAUCAAUAUCUGCUUAUCCGCACAUGAACCAGAGAAUCUCAGAACCAACACAUUGCUUCAAUUAAUAAGCCCCCGAUCCCACUGACAGUAGUGGCGGUGCUUUCUGAUUUCUUUCAACUCUGUCGGUGGAGAUUUUAUUGAUCUCCAACAGUUGAACCCUCAUUAUUAUUGUUGAAUCUAUUUAGUGUUCCUUUGCGGAUUGAAUGAAUGUAUGAGAAAGAAGAAGAGAUGGGUGGAGAGAUCUCGAAUCUAGUACGGCCCCGAUCCAUUAUCAUCUUCUUGAUCGGUUCUGUUUUCGUCUUCUUAGCCUUCUCAUCAUCGUCUCAACUGGAGGAAGAUGCGGUGGAAGAGGUGCAUGAGAUUACGCAUCGAGUGUUUCUGGAUGUUGACAUUGAUAAGCAACGGUUAGGGAGAAUUGUUAUUGGAUUGUAUGGUGAAGUUGUACCUAAAACUGUCGAGAAUUUUCGAGCUCUUUGCACAGGGGAAUUUGGCAAGGGUGCAAGCGGUAAACCCUUACAUUAUAAGGGAAUACCGUUCCAUCGUAUCAUACCCGGGUUCAUGAUUCAAGGCGGAGAUACCGUCUAUGGAAAUGGUAGAGGAAACGAAUCAAUCUAUGGCGGAGUCUUUCGUGAUGAAAAUUUUAAGAUUAAGCAUUCACAUGCAGGUAUGGUGGCCAUGGUGAAUUCAGGCCCAGAUUCUAAUGGUGCACAGUUCUUCAUCACUACAGUUAAGACCUAUUGGCUGGAUGGGGAACAUGUUGUGUUUGGAAAAGUUAUUGAGGGCAUGGAUACAGUGUAUGCAAUCGAAGGUGGAGCGGGUACUUACAGUGGUAAACCGAGGAAAAAGGUGGUUAUUGCUGAUUCAGGUGAAAUUCCUAAGAGCCAGUGGGAUGUUGAAUUACAAACUACAACUGCAACUGCUGAAUCAUGACACUCAUCAAUUGCUAGAUUUUAUAAAACGAGUUGUGUUUAUUUUUCGUGUUUUAUGUAGUUUGAUAAUACAUUUAUCUGUAUCUAUUUUCUCUGCACUUGUUAUUAGUUAUGAUUUCAUCUUUAGAAAACGUUGGUAUGCUUCUU